GAAGGAUAAAAUAAGGGAAAGAACCUAUGUAGCCCUUUGUACUUUGGCGAUCACGUACGAACAGCAUGUUGGUAGGUCCAGUCUUCGCUGUGCUCUUCAGUGCAGCGCUGUGUGGCGCAGAGACCCAGAUCUUCCGUAACGCGGGUUUUGAGUCUGCGCUGGGCCCGGAUAACUGGUCCUGUAGCGGCUGUACGGGACUGCAGUAUGACGGCGACAAGGUGGAGGGGACCUACAGUAUGAUAGCGCAGGGGAGGCGGGCCGAAUGGGCGGGGCCAUCCUACAUUCUAGCAUACGGUACUGACGUCAUUUCCGGUCAGACCUAUGACUUCCAGAUCUACGUCAAGCUCCUGGCGGACGGUUCGAACCAGCACGAAAUCAAGGCGAUGUUAGCCAUUACCUUCUCUGACGGAGAGAAGAUCUACCAGAAGAUGGGCUCCUCGUCCUUCAUCAGUCAGGAUGACGGCUGGUUCAAACUCACAGCCCGGGCCACCGCGCCGGCGUACAGUAAACAGGUGACGUCCAUGCGUGUUUACGUGUCUGGGCCUCCAGCUUGGAUCGACUUCCUGGCAGACAGGGCUUCCCUGACGGAGUCUUCUAUAGCCUCGCUGAUACACAAGGGUGAGAUUCUGGAGAACCCGAGUUUUGAGACCGCGCUGGACGGCUGGCAAUGUUCGGGGUGUACAGGCGUGCACUACACCGCUGAUCAACACACCGGAACUGCCGCCAUGUUAGCUCAGCACAGAUCGGCCGUGUGGGCAGGUCCGUACCAGGAGUUGUACUGGGGCUCGUCAGUGCGGGGUGGGCAGUGUUACCUGUUUGAAGCCUACCUAAAGGUGCUCGGCAGCGACACCACAACGACGUACGACACCAAGGCUACCCUAGCCUUCAACUUUGACGACGGCAGCUCCGAACACUCUAUCGUUUCUAAGGCCUUCAUCUCUGGCGCAGACGGUUGGAAAAAGAUGGAGGGAGACGUGUGUGUAUCAAGCUACACAAAACCCGUAGACAGAGUGAAGCUGACGGUGUCGGGUCCGCCUGCCGGUGUGAACCUGCUGGUGGAUGACGUGUUCCUCCAUGAGGUGUCGGCCACGCCCUACACCAGCUGGAGAGCCGAGGCAGACGCGCGGAUCGACCAGCUCAGGAAACGGGACGUCAGGAUAAGGGUCAACACACCAAAUGUGGACCAUCUCGAAAUCCAGGUCACCCAGACGAAUGCCAACUUUCCUUUUGGGUCAAAGGUAAACGCCUUGGAGUUCCCUUCUAACCCCGGGUACGUGGACUACUUCUUCGACAACUUCAACUGGGGCGUCAUCGGGAACAAAAUGAAGUGGAAACCGGUAGAAAAGAUCGAGGGCAAUCCUGACUGGAGCGAGGCGGACGCUGUUAUCAACUUGAUGGAAAGUCGAGGUAUCCCCAUCCGCGGCCACUGUGUGUUCUGGUCAGUGGACAAGCACGUGCCGGACUGGCUCAGGUACAACCCGUCCGCCGACGUCGAGCAGAAAUGUUUCUCCAGAAUCGACAACGCUGUCGGCCGCUACACGGGAAGGGUAGCUCACUGGGACGUCAACAACGAGAUGCUCCACGGGGACUUCUUUGCGCGGAGGACGGGCAGUCGGCAGAUCCGGUACGACAUGUUCCGCCGGGUCAAGCAGAACGACCCGAACGUCGUGCCGUUCCUCAACGACUUCAACAUCAUCAACUCCGGGGCUUCCACUCAGGCGUACGUGGACCAAGUCCAGGAGUUUCUGGACAACGGAGCGCCGGUAGAGGGCGUUGGUGUACAGUGCCAUUUCCCCAGACGACCGGACCCUGUCAUGAUAAAGAAUCGUCUGGACAAGGUCGGCACGACCGGCCUGCCCGUCUGGGUGACUGAGCUGGACGUGAACGAGCGGGACGUGUCGGCGCGAGCGGACGGGCUGGAGGACGCUCUCAGGGUCGCCUUCAGCCACCCCGCCGUGGAGGGCAUCAUGCUCUGGGGCUUCUGGAACGAGACCCACUGGAAGCCGCACGCGUCGCUUGUGGACGGGGGGAAUUUCGAGAUUAACGAGGCCGGCCACCGCUGGCACCAGCUGGUGUUCCACGAGUGGCGCACCAACCUGCACCUGUCGGCCGGCACCCUGACGCCGGAGGGCAAGGAGUUCCACUUCCGCGGUUUCCAUGGCGACUACCAGAUCGACAUCAAGUCACAUGGCGUCACCAUGGCAACAAAGGUCUUCCAGCUAUUGCCUGGCGACGACACCUUGGUUCUUAACAUUAAUAUAGCCAAUGACAUUAUCGUUGGUUAGCGUAAUGUGAGGUGACAUCGCUGUGUAAUUUUCCACGGCUGGUGCAUUAAAAGUGCUGGUUAGCUUGGGUUAG